AGGAGUGCAUGGAAUGGGUCCACAAAAGUAUUCAGUCAUCAUUGGAGAUUUUCAACUUUAUAGCUCAGUGCCUAUGCAGAUAAAAUGCCUUUGCAUCUGCUAGGGAAGAAGUCUUGGAAUGUCUACAAUCCGGAUAAUAUCGCUCGAGUUCGUCGAGAUGAAGCAGCUGCUAAGGCUAGGGAGGAGGAGGAAGAGCGUCAAAUGCAGGAAGAGGAUGCGAACUGGCGGUUGGAUCAAUUACGUGGUUCAGUGUCCAAGCGGCAUGCGCCUGAAAGGACUGUCGAGAAUGAAGUACGAGAAGAGCGUCCCCAUUUCGGUCGUAGUGAGGCAAGAAAAAGGAGAAAAUUGGCUGGGGAAGAUGAUACGGACAGAGACAUCAGACUAGCUGCAGAAGCGGUCCACUCAAGGACGGACGCCAUCGCAACUCAACACGACCGAAAGCCAAGCCAUGAUGUUAGUUUAACGGAUGCUAGCGGACACUUCAAUCUAUUCGAUACAAGACCAACCAAGGGUUCUAUUAGCAAGAAUUCAGAAGCGGAGGCAGAGGCUGCUAAGGAGCGCUACAAAUUUGAAUCACAGUAUACAUUACGUCUCGCCAACGCAGAAGGAAAUAAGGACUCGAAGAAGCGGCCAUGGUACACUGCCACUGACGCAGUUUUUUCAUCACACGGAGCUUUAGAUGGCUUGGAUAGGGACAAUUCGGACCAAGAAGAGCAGCGGAAAAGAGCGCGAGCAGAUGCUCGAAGGGACCAACAAGAUCCACUAGCGAGUAUGAUGAAGGGCAUCCGCGAUCUGAGAGAUGUUCAAAAGGAGCGGCAAAAAUGGGAUGCAGAACGGCGGAAGGAAAUGGAUAGCUUUGAGCCAAUUUCAAGGCAUCACCUCGAGAGAGAACGAAGAAAGCAUGUAAAAGAAUUAGACAACUUCAGCUUGGAUUCGGCUCCUCCGGAUGCGACAACAGCUGAAUUUACCCACAAGCGGUCCUGCAGAUCCCGAUCGCACAAUGGUAGCCAAGACCAUCAUCGGAAUUGGCACCGCCAUAGUCGUCAUCAUCAUAGGCAUCGGCACCACCAUGGCGAUGAAAGCCACGCUUCUUCCUCAAAAAGACCAUCAAGACACGAAGGUGAAUCUUCCAGACGGCGAUCAUGGGACAGGCACGAGAAACAUAGGUCUGGAGACAGUUGGCCCAAAGUCAGAGAAUAAUUGUCAGUACCUAAAUAUGGUCGGAGAUUGAAGAUAUAUAUUCAGAACGGAAUAUACCCCACAAGCUUGAUUGUUUUACGGUAGCUCAGAGUAGACAUUUUCGAAAAUAAUUUGCAACUUGGUUUAUUGAUGAUUUUAUUGAUAUAAAAAUACCUAAUGAUAAUUCGCCCCAAGCAGAGAGACUAUUAAAGGAGAGUGGACCUUUAGGAAUCGAUAUCAUCGCCGAGACUGCGGGGU